AGAUUGGAGAGACUGUUAUAACUGAUAACUGUCAGAGGAUUAGCACCUGCCAGGCCUCUGGAGUGGUAGUAUCCAUGAACAUGACAUGCAACCCCGACGAAAUCUGCCAGGUGAGGAACGGUGUGAUGGGCUGCUACCUCCAGCAGUGCUCUCUGACCACCAAUGGCACCCUCUCCACAUUCAGCGGUGAAUAUGGCACCAUAGCAGCGCCGGGAGGCUAUGAGUUGGUCCAGAACUGCAACCAGUCAUCAUCAGAUUGGUUCAGGGUGGUGAUCAGCUUGCAGCACUGCAAUCCUACUUUCAACACGUUAAUGGCUGUCUACGUGUUCUUCAACAACAUGAUGAUCGCUGUCACCAGCAAACACGGCGUCUGGGUAGAUGGAAGGGAAAUGACUCAGACCACCUUCUCCCAGAACAACGUGCUGAUUGAGGUUUCUGAUGGUACGGUGAGAAUCAACAGCUCCUCCAGCAUCCAGCUGUCCUUCACUCCGGCUAAUGAGCUCAUCAUGACGGUCAGCGAUGAGGUAGCGGACACGAUAUGUGGAGGAUGUGGGAAGCUUGAGUCUUUCACCACAGCAAGAGCAGAUCUGAGGCAGAAACUGCUCGUAAAACUUCACGAGAUUCCGAUUUCCUUGUCAGCUCUGGACAUCAGUCAAUGGACAGAUCCUGCUUUCCCCCUGUGUGAGUGAACUCCAUUCUCCUGCCAACUAUUUAUCAACUGCUCUGAUCAACAUCCUUCCUUCAUCAUCCCUGAAAUGACAGCAUCUUCGAUUCAUAAAAUCUUUUGAUAUAUGUCUUUAUGUACAUAUUCACGUCCACGAACAAGAAUACCACAUUCAUGUCAAAGCUAAAGCACAAUUCCAAGCUACGAUAAUUUCAAAAUCUAUAUUUGCGUAUAGUUUGCUUCUAUAAUAUCAAUUUUCCUGAUGUUUUGCCCUCUAAUAACAAUGAUAUUUACUAUGAUGUAAGCUUAAUAAACUCUUUGUCUGCGCUUCA